GUGUCCCGGCGUAACCUAUGAUUUAAUCUGAGCUCCUGAGAAAUAUUCUGUUUUGCUGAAACCUCUACACAGCCGGUGGCGCAUCUAUACAGAACACGUCUCUGCCCACCUGAAGCUUAGACGGCAGCAUGCAACAACCAGGCCGGCUGAGGCUGAGGCCGUGGCUGGAGGAGCAGAUUCAGUCUGGGAGGUAUCCAGGAGUCAGCUGGCUGGAUCAGUCAGCACGAAUCUUUCAAAUCCCGUGGAAGCAUGCAGCUCGUCAUGGCUGGAGUAUUGACAGAGAUGCUACACUCUUCAGGAGUUGGGCCAUGCACACUGGACGGUACCAUCCAGGCAAAGACAAACCGGAUCCCAAGACAUGGAAGGCGAAUUUCCGCUGUGCCUUAAAUUCUCUGCCCGACAUCUGUGAGCUGCAGGAGCACAGCAGGAAGAGGGGCAGCAACGCCUACAGAGUCUACAGGAUGAUGCCCAGCACACAAACACACAGACGCAGGAGAGGGCUGCGGCUGUUCGGCAGGCCCCGGGAAAGACAGGCGAGUUUAGGUGAUGAUGCAUACACCACGCGCGCCUGGCAACCCGCCACGACGACACCCACUUCAGACACGCCACAGAAGGUGGAGACCCCUGCAGAAGGCCCAUUUGGCAACACUCAAACACACGGGAUGUGGGAGGCCAAACCAGAGGACCAGGAGCAGACUGAGGCUGUGUUUAAGUUGAUGGACCACUUAAGCAACACUGACCUCUGGAACCCGUCUGGGGAGCAGAGAGGAUGGAGAACACACACACUGUGGGACCAGUGGCACUGUGCUGGUGAAGAUAGCCCGUACUCUCUGCACACAGACAACUACAACGAUCUGUUUGGUCCCAACUACUUCAGGGAGCUCUCUGAUUGGUCCUCACCUCAGCAAACACCGAUGCCGUAACUGUGCACCAACGGCUCAUCCUCCUGCUCUUUGUGUUUUCCAUAUAUUUGAUUAAAAGUGUUUUUCUUCCUUCAGGCUUUCUUGCUAACCUUCAGUUGUUGUCUCUCCCGCUCUCUAUCUGCUGAGCAGACUGCUAAAAAAGAGAAACAGGAGAGGGGGAGCGAUCAGAGAAUAUCGCUCUGUCAGUAAAUGAGGCGGUCAUCCUCUCUGCUGAGCAUGCUGAGAUGAAGAUCCUGUUCCAAGCCAAGCUUUAGCCCUGUCAUCAUCACUUGGGUUCACGAUGGUUCAGUGCCUCACACUCACUGAGACGACACCAAGCUCACACCACACCUGACAGAGUAAACAGAUCUCAUUUCGCCUCAGUUCGGCAUCAGCUAUUGCUCUGUUUCUUACUGGAUGUUCAGGCAACAUGCAGUAAAUGAAGUAAAGGACGUGUGGCCUCAACAGCUUGUCGCUAUGUUUAUGAAUGGAGCUCAAAGCUCCCAUGUUUACCAUCGUACGCAGUGAGAUCAUUUUUUUCUGUGUGUUUCAUUCCUAUACUGUACCUCUCUGCCUUUGGUCUUUAAGAUUUCUUGACGAGAUGCUCCUCACGAAAAAACAAUGUAUAUUUUCAUUUUUUGAGACAACAGAUGGUGCAGUUUGUUUCAUGUAGUAUUGUACAAUCUGUUUUGUGUUUGUUAUGUAUUUUCAGAAAUAAUACUGCAUUUACAAAAUGUAAAAGCAACUAAAGCAUAUGAGCCCAGAGUCUUUACAUCCUGUGUUUAUGUAUUUGUUUGCUUGACUGCAUAGUUAAUAAUAACUGAGGUCCAAUCUGUCAUGUUUGGAUUUUUUUGUUUUGACUUAUUGCACAUGUAUCUACAUACUGUAAAUAUGAUGGUGAGAGAUGGCUGACUCUCACUUGUGAUGACUAAAAAGAAGCCGCCCUGUAGCGUGUCUUUCUUGUUCGCUGAAUUUGAAAAACAUACGUUUUAACAUUUUAGGAAAGAUAUUUUCAACGGCGCAGAACAUUCAAAGAAGAAGUCUGCCCACGUGUUCAGAGUGGCUAACCAAGAGGGACGUAAGCAGAUAUUUACAUUGAGCGCUUCACCAGUCAAGUCAGACUGUGGCUGUAAACAGAAACAAAUGCUGAGUGCUAAAUAAGUACAACCACGAGUAAAUGUAAGUCGCACUUCCUGGUGCAGUGAACAAUGAUGUGAUCUAUGAAACCUCCUCUCUUUUAAGAGUCCAGUAUGACUUCAUAUGAAAACAAGCGUACUUUGAUUGUAUGUGCCUCAGACUACAAAUCUUAAAAUCUAGGUUUUCACACCAUGUAUUUGUGCUUGUACUCUGCGGGCCUCUUUCAUGGGGGACAUUUUGACCUGUCACAGCAGGUCAUUAAUUACAGCUCCGUUUGUUUGAA